UCCACACUCUGACCGCGAUAAAGCGCGUGCAAAAAGGUAAACUUUUUCAUCAAAGUCUUCGCUAUUCAGAGCUCUCCUCCCUUUCUCCUCUGCAGCCGAAAGUCAUGAAACUGUCCGUCUUUCAUAGGGCUGUUUUGGCCAUUUUCUGCAUAGUCCCCGUGCUGUCACAAAGAAGCUGUAAAAUCAAUGACUUUGAUGUGCAGAGAAACUUCAGACCCGAGCAGUUCAGUGGAGUGUGGCACCUGGCAGGCUACAACAGAAUGUUAAGUCCGGUGACACGCCUUCCCCCCAGAAUCAAAAGCAUCAUCACCCGUUACGUGAAGUCUCGGUACUACCUUGGAGCGGAUGGGAGGGGUAUUAUCAUGAGCAAUGGGCAAGUAACUGUGACUUUGCAAAACGGUUUUCGGUUUACUCGAUGUGAGCGUGUGGAUUUCUCCACGAUUAUGGAAGAGGGUUCGAGACCGAUAAUGGACCUCAUCCAAGUCACGGGGCGGCGCCGGGGCUCCAUGACAAGAUCCCACAUCAUGGAGACUGACUACAGGAAUUACGCCGUCAGGUAUACAUGUGAGGAGGAACUCGAUAACGGCAGAUGUGCUCCGGAUAAAGACCAUCUCUGGGUUCUUCGCAAGGACAAUGCAAGCUUCGCACUCAAUUCUACUCAGAUCCAAAACAUCAUGUCGAGGCUGUGCAUCUCUGGGUCUUACGUCCAGUCCCCUAUUGGAGAAGAAUGUCCAGUCCCUACAAUGUUGAAAUAACCAUAUACCAUAUUUCAUUUCCGCAGACAUUUGAACUCUAUCUACCAAAGUCCUGGCGGUUUUUUUGUGCCCUUUUAAGUUGUUCAUCUGAAUGGGAAUCUGUCGUAUUCACUUCAAUUUCCCAGGAAAGUGAUAGAAAAAAGACUUUAAAAUGUGUUCUAUUCAACAUGUGAGUUGAAACUGGCAAACGCUUAUUAUUUUUUGCAUCAAUUUUUGGCAACUUGUUUUUUUUUCAUCUACGUUUCUGUCAGAACAGUUUUCUGUAAUAUUAAAGAAAGGACUCAUUGCAUGAAAU